CAUUGAUAACAAUUUAAGAAAAUAAACGUAGUCAAAUAUAACUAAACGUGUUAAUGUCGCGUCGUUGUUGGUGGACACCUUGAGAUUGGAAAAUUAAGAUGUAAAAUUUGACCCUGAUGUAGUCCUUUACCAAACAAUGACAUGAUGCUCGAUGGUGAAUGGUUUAGACCUCAUCUGUUAGCUAUAUGGUGAACAAUUGAUGUAUUUUAUCCAUCAAUUAUUAUCAUACUAUUGUUUUAGCCUUUGGCCUAAAUGAAUUUGGAAAUGCAAAGCUCACCGACAAUGGACAUUUUUUUUGGCUUCACAUAGAACAUGACAACUGUGAAAUCAACUUGACCAUGCUAGCGUGAAACUCCAAUUAUUUGCAUUAAUGGGUUCCACUAUAUUGAAAUAGCCAUUCCUAAAAUAUUAUUUUGAUACAGAAAUCAAAACUUAAGUAACCAUUUUGAGGCUAUUCUUAUUCAUUUGCCAUUAAAAAAAAAGAAGAAAAGAUUUAGCACCAUUUUAUUGCUAAUAGAGUAGUCUCUUUCAAUGUCUCUGAAAAUUUCAAUUUUUGGCCAAUAUCUGAUGUCUCUAGUGAUCUUACCAUCCAAGUAGGAGCAUCAACCUAUUCACUUCACAAGUUUCCUCUUGUUUCUAGGAGUGGAAGAUUUAGGAAGCUGCUAUCCGAAUCAAAAGAUUCUAAAGUUCCACGCGUUAGUCUUCCGACGGUGCCAGGUGGUGUAGAGGCAUUUGAACUAGCUGCAAAAUUCUGCUAUGGAAUCAAUGUGGAAUUCACGCUCUCAAAUAUUGCUAUGCUAUAUUGUAUAUCUCAUUUUCUUGAUAUGACUGAAGAAUUCUCAGAAAAGAAUUUGGUGACAAGAGCUGAAUCAUAUCUAAAGGAAACGGUACUCCCAAACACAUCAAACAUUAUACAUGUUCUUCACCAUUGUGAAAAUCUUGUUCCUUUAUCAGAAGAAAUCAACCUUGUUAAUAGGCUAAUCAAUGCAAUUGCAAAUAAUGCAUGCAAAGAGCAACUAACUUCUGGUUUGUUAAAACUUGAUCACAACUUUCCUUCUAAAACAUUAUCAAUGAUGGAACCAGAGACACCCUUAGAUUGGUGGGGAAACUCUUUCAACGUUCUCAGUCUUGAUUUCUUCGAACGAGUUAUAUCGGUUAUGAAAUCGAAGGGAUUAACACAAGAGUUGAUCAGCAAAAUUUUGGUAAACUAUGCACAUAAUUCUCUUCAAGGGACUAGUAGUGUUAGUUCCCUUGACAUAGAAUUGCAGAAGAAACAAAGGGUCAUUGUUGAAACUAUUGUUCGCUUACUACCAACUCAAUCUAGGAAAAGCUCAGUUCCAAUAGCAUUUCUUUCAUGUUUAUUGAAAACUGCAAUAGCAACAUUAGUAUCAACUUCUUGUAGAAGUGAUUUGGAGAGGCGAAUUGGUUUACAACUCGAUCAGGCAAUUCUUGAAGACAUACUUAUUCCAACGAAUUCACCUUCGAGUGCUCACAACACAAUGUAUGAUAUAGAUUCAAUUUUGAGGAUCUUUUCUACUUUUCUGAAUUUGGACGAGGUGGAUGAUGAAGACAGUGACUUCAGAGAUGAAAAUCAAAUGAUGUACGAGUAUGAAUUUGACAGUCCUGGAUCUCCAAAACAAAGCUCAAUUCUUAAGGUAUCCAAAUUACUUGACAAUUUUCUCGCUGAAGUAGCACUAGACUCAAACUUGUUGCCAUCAAAAUUCAUAGCACUUGCAGAACUACUUCCGGAUCAUGCCCGCGUUACAAGCGAUGGACUCUAUCGAGCUGUUGACAUCUUCCUCAAGGUUCAUCCAAGCAUUAAGGACUCAGAGCGAUACCGCCUAAGCAAAACAAUUGAUUGUCAGAAACUAUCUCAAGAAGCAUGCAGCCAUGCCGCACAAAAUGAAAGGCUACCAGUUCAAAUAGGUGUACAAGUUCUUUACUACGAACAAAUAAGGCUUCGAAACGCGAUGAAUGGAGGACACAAUCAAAUCUUGUUUGGUGGUAUUCAUGGUCAAUUUCCUCAAAGAUCAGGGAGUGGUAUAGGAAGUGGAGCAAUUUCUCCUAGAGAUAACUAUGCAUCGGUAAGAAGAGAGAAUCGAGAGCUGAAGCUUGAAGUAACAAGAAUGAGAAUGAGGUUGAAUGAUUUGGAGAAAGAUCAUGUUUCUAUGAAGCAAGAGCUUGUGAAGACACAUCCUGCACGCAAAUUCUUCAAAUCAUUUGCCCAAAAAUUAAGAAAGUUCAAUGCUCUAUUCCGUAUUAACAGUAUUCGUGGCAGUGGAACUGGGAGGUCUAGUCCACAACCACGGUCCCGGUUUCCUUUUCAAAAGAGAAGGUGCCACUCAGUUUCAUAACCAUAUAUUUAAAAUGUAUAAUAUAAUUUCUGUCACUGUAUGAUAUGCAUAAACUUAAUGCAAGACGUGAUUGUGACAUUUUUCAACUUGAUAGAAUUUUGAGUUAUACAAAUGGGAGUUUGAUCUAGCGAAAAGGGCUAGACUCCCGCAAAGUGACAAAUUAAA